AUGUCCACCUCAUCGUUGCCACUGGCGUCGUUGAAGCACAUCACCUCGCUCACCUUCUCCCUCUCGCCACUCGUAUCGUCGCCGGGCGCGCGCUCGGUGCGCCUCUUACUUUCACGAAUCCCUUCGAGCUUGCCACCACCGAAAAAGGCCGCCGAGAUCGGCCUGGCAAAGCUGCCGGAAGUGAGCGUGAACAUGGUGCAGAAGGAGGAGGAGGUCGGCGUUCACGUCGUGUACAGCGACAAGAAGAGCCAGGAGAUCAGGCCAGGUGUAGAGAGUCAAAUGGGUGUUGCGGAGCUCAUUCGCAAGGUGGAAGCACCAGCGCGAGCACUGCGCCUCAAGGAGCAAGGCAUAUGA